CCCAGAGCGCUACACAUCUCGGGUGCUGCCAGAUGCGUCCUUCGCUCAACCAUGGCCACUGUGGCUCAAGCCCUUCAGACCGCACAAGUCGCAGUACUGCACACAUACGUACGUGAUAAGGCGAACCCAUAGUGUUCAAGGCACGGUGGCGGAUCGUUCACCUUCUGAUGUAUAUGGAUUUAAGCAUGCUGGUCCACAGGACGCCCUGUUCCGUGUUGCUGGUGGUGCUAUGCCUAAGCAGUUUGCCCACCGCGAUCUCCGUCCAGCUGCGCGUGAACACAGACACCAACAUGAGCACCAACAUGAGCACCCCUUCUUAUCCUGCGGAGCCGUAUUGCUACAACGUCAAUGGCAUCUGCUUCCUCUGGGCUUCUCCGUGCUCUGGCGUUGUUUGGUGCUCCGAACUCAAUGCUCUUUCUACUUAUGACUGGUUCUGCCCUUGGGGGUUGCGCUACGCCACCCAGUCUGAGUGGGAUGGUGCAUACGCCACUCUGGACUCCAACAGAGACACGUUCUUCCAAAAAUGCGCAGCCAGUCAGCUGGACCCGCGGCACGACCACUGCGACUACUACAACACCUUCGUGCGGGAGCCGGACAACUCAUACAACGAGCUGGUCCUGGUGUGCCCCCCUGCGGGCACCCCGACGCCCAGCCCGACGCCCAGCCCGACCGUGGCGGCCGGCUCGCCGACGGCUAGCCCGACGCCCAGCCCGACGUUUGACCCGACGGUGGGCGGAACUGGUGCUUAUCCUGCGGAGCCGUAUUGCUACAACGUCAACGGCAUUUGUUUCCUCUGGGCUUCUCCGUGCUCUGGUGUAGUUUGGUGCUCCGAACUCAAUGCCCUUUCUACUUAUGACUGGUUCUGCCCUUGGGGGUUGCGCUACGCCACCCAGUCUGAGUGGGAUGGUGCAUACGCCACUCUGGACUCCAACAGAGACACGUUCUUCCAAAAGUGCGCAGCCAGUCAGCUGGACCCGCGGCACGACCACUGCGACUACUACAACACCUUCGUGCGGGAGCCGGACAACUCAUACAACGAGCUGGUCCUGGUGUGCCCCCCUGCGGGCACCCCGACGCCCAGCCCGACGCCCAGCCCGACCGUGGCGGCCGGCUCGCCGACGGCUAGCCCGACGCCUAGCCCGACGUUUGACCCGACGGCGGGCGGAACUGGUGCUUAUCCUGCGGAGCCGUAUUGCUACAACGUCAACGGCAUCUGUUUUCUCUGGGCUUCUCCGUGCUCUGGUGUAGUUUGGUGCUCCGAACUCAAUGCCCUUUCUACUUAUGACUGGUUCUGCCCUUGGGGGUUGCGCUACGCCACCCAGUCUGAGUGGGAUGGUGCAUACGCCACUCUGGACUCCAACAGAGACACGUUCUUCCAAAAGUGCGCAGCCAGUCAGCUGGACCCGCGGCACGACCACUGCGACUACUACAACACCUUCGUGCGGGAGCCGGACAACUCAUACAACGAGCUGGUCCUGGUGUGCCCCCCUGCGGGCACCCCGACGCCCAGCCCGACGCCCAGCCCGACCGUGGCGGCCGGCUCGCCGACGGCUAGCCCGACGCCCAGCCCGACGUUUGACCCGACGGCAGGCGGAACUGGUGCUUAUCCUGCGGAGCCGUAUUGCUACAACGUCAACGGCAUCUGUUUCAUUUGGGCUUCUCCGUGCUCUGGUGUAGUUUGGUGCUCUGGACUCAAUGCCCUUUCUACUUAUGACUGGUUCUGCCCUUGGGGGUUGCGCUACGCCACCCAGUCUGAGUGGGAUGGUGCAUACGCCACUCUGGACUCCAACAGAGACACGUUCUUCCAAAAAUGCGCAGCCAGUCAGCUGGACCCGCGGCACGACCACUGCGACUACUACAACACCUUCGUGCGGGAGCCGGACAACUCAUACAACGAGCUGGUCCUGGUGUGCCCCCCUGCGGGCACCCCGACGCCCAGCCCGACGCCCAGCCCGACCGUGGCGGCCGGCUCGCCGACGGCUAGCCCGACGCCCAGCCCGACGGCUGGCCCGCUCCCGUCGGGCGGAACGUCGGGCGGAACCGGUGGGCCCGGACAGGUGGACCCGUCUGGCAAAGGCGAUCCCCAUUUGCAGAACGUUCAUGGUCAGCGGUUCGAUUUGAUGAAGCCAGGCCAGCACGUCUUGAUAAACAUCCCUCGUGGGCAACGCGCAGACAGAGCAUUGCUUCGCGUGCAGGCCUACGCGCGCCGACUGGGUGGGUGCGCGGAUAUGUACUUCCAAGAACUGAAUGUUACUGGGUCUUGGGCAGAGUUCCAGCAAGCUGGAGGAUACCGCUACACCGUAUCGGAACCUGGUGCCAAGACAUCGGAAUGGCUUGCUUUUGAACAGGUUGAGCUGAAAGUUGUUCAUGGAAAAACGAAGCGUGGCCUCAAGUAUUUAAACUUCUAUGUCAAGCAUUUGAGCCGAACUUCGUUUUCGGUCGGAGGCCUGUUGGGAGAGGACGACCACACGGCAGUGACAAUUCCUACGGCAGAAUGCUCCCGGCGUGUUGCACUCGUAGAGCUGGCAUUGGGAGCGCAAGGUGGCCGCAUCGAGUCCUCCGUUGCAGUAGCAAGCCCCUAGGUGGCCAGGGUUCUGGUUCCCCUGUGUAGGAGCCGUCUUCCAGGGCUCGCGCCCCAGCCAGCGGGCCGUCGACAAACCGUUAUCGCCGACGGCAGCCUGGACGGAUUCACAGUCGACGGCUUCAGUGCGGAACAGUCAAAAGCUGUACUCUCGGAAUUUCCCGCCCAACCCUGGAAAACCGGGGACGCCCGCCAGCCUUGGAGAUGUCGCGCCGAACCCGGCAAUUGCGAGCGAUGUAGAUUGGAAGUUGCGGUUGGAUCCACCCGCCAUUAGCGCAUUUGGCGAAGAGAGAAGGAU